AUGAAAGACGCCAUACGUUUGUUGACUCAGAUGCUUGCUACUCAGGCUGGACAGCAGAGUAGGAGUUACGAGUAUCCCGAUAGGGCUGCUAGUGCCAGAGCGCGGGAUUUUCUUACAUUAAGUCCCCCAGAGUUUAAGGGCACGGACCCAAAUGCUGAUCCCCAGGAGUUCAUAGAUGGCAUGCAGCGUACUUUAGACAUAAUGAGGGCGUCAGCUACGGAGUCUGUGGAGCUAGCCUCUUAUAGGCUACAGGGCAUAGCAAUUAACUGGUUUCAGUCCUGGAAGUUAUCCAGAGGGAGGGAUGCCCCUCCGCCGACGUGGCAGAAAUUUUCAGAUGCCUUCUUGCGCCAUCAUAUGCCACCCGAGCCGAGGCGGGCAAGAGUUGACCGGUUUCUUCACUUGCAGCAGGGUAGCAUGUCUGUUAGAGAGUAUAGUGUAGAGUUUAAUUCCUUGGCGAGAUAUGCCCCUUCUCGGUGCGCAGAUAUGGAGGAUAGGAUCCAUCACUACGUGAGAGGAUUAGAGCCGGAGUUACGAGAGGCUUGUAUGGCGCUUGCCAUGCGGCCAUAUAGACCAAAAAAGGUGGUCGAAACAGAGUCAAAGUCAUCAAAGAAAAGGUACCAGCCACACUGGCAAACGAAAAGAUCAAACUUUAGGAUGGACAGGGGAAGCAGCGGUCAUAAUCAUCACUUGGCUAGGAGUGAUAGGCGAAAUGAUCACAGUUCGGGGAACCAAGGUUUGCAAUUCAGGAAUGAUAUCGGUGGAUCAUCUAACAGUGGUGAGAGCCUGAAUUUAUCUGAAUACAACUUCAUGUUGCGGGUCUCAUUUCAGCUAUUGCUAAGGGAUGAAGUAGUCCAACUAUUAAUGAAUGGCCACUUGCGUGAAUUCUUAAGUGACUGGGCGAAAGGAAAUUACAAAAAUAAAGAAGCAAAUAAGCAAGUUGAACAUGCAAAACCUCAACACGUGAUCAAUAUGAUUAUCAGCGGGGUAGAAAUUCCUCGAGGUCCAAUGAUGAAGAGGAAAAAGGUCUCGAUCACUCAGGAAAAAAAAACCAGGGAUUACAUACUGGAGGGAUCCAUUUCCUUCAAUGAUGAAGACGCUGAGGGCAUCAUCCAACCCCAAAAUGAUGCUUUGGUAAUCUCUGUCCUUAUUAAUAAAUCUCAAGUUAAGCGUAUAUUGAUUAAUCCAGGCAGUUCGGCCAAUGUUAUCCAUUGGAAAGUGGUAGAGCAGCUGGGACUAUUGGACCAAAUUGUGCUGGCAGCUCGGGUUCUCAACGGGUUCAACAUGUCAUGUGAACUACAAAAGGGGAAAUCACUCUGCCGAUCGUGGGUGCAUGACGUUACACCAAAUGUUGAAGAUCCCAACCCCGAGGGGGUAAAAAUGGUUCAUGGGGAGCAGCCGGCAGCAAGGAAGAUGUUUGCAGUCGAAGAAGCAGCCCCGAUACCAAAGGCACUACCCUCAAAGGCCGUAGAAGAGCCAAUCAAAGGCAGAAAGGCUAAAUAG